AUGAUAGCUAUUUUUGUUGCGGACCAUGCCCUCUUGGCUCCUCCCUACUUGUCCUCAUUGUACCGAUAUUAUCCUCAACCUCACCAACCAAGUCUCAGGGGACAUCAGGUGGAGCUGUUCUCUAGGCCGAAUGCUUAUGCUCGGAAUUUUGUGCAAAACCUCUGGAUACUUUACUUAAUUCAUAGCAGAAUCACAAAGGCCAUCUAUAGAAGUGUGGUGGACAAAGUGUUGCAGAAGCUUACUGCAUGGAAAGGUAAGUUGCUAAGUUUGCCUGGCAAAGCUACGCUAAUCAAAUCUGUGGCUGCUUCUAUCCCAUUGUAUACUAUGCAAAUUGUUCAGAUGCCUAUAAGUACCUGUGAUGAGUUGGAUAAAAUUGAUAGGAACUUUUUGUGGGGCAGCAAUGGUGACAACUUGAGAACCUACCGUGUCAAUUGGGGUUUUGUCUGUAUAAGUAAGAAGAAAGGUGGUCUUGGCCUUAAGCAUACGGCUCUUAUGAACCAAUCUAUGUUGGCCAAGGUUGGAUGGAGACUAUUGCAACAAAAAGAUAACGUUUGGUCCGAUUCUUUGACUAAAAAAUACCUACAAGGGAAUAGCUCGAGCAUCAUCAGGAAUGGAAGGCCUAUGUCUUCUUCCCCCUCCCCUACAUGGCGUGCUAUUGAACAUGGUGUUGACAUCUUGAAAAAUGGAAGUGUUGAGGGAGUGGAUGAAGGUAAACUGCAGUUGAAAGUUGUUGACUACCUUGCUCAUGGAACUUGGGAUCUUCAUAAGUUAAAGGAAGACUUAUCCCUUGGGAUGGUUGCCCAUAUCAUUUGUGUCCCUACUGGGUUAUGUUGUAAACCUGACUUACCUGUUUGGAAACAUACUUCUAAUGGUUCUUUUAGUGUCAAAUCUGCUUACAGAGCUAAUUGUGGGGACUUUUCCAGUAUGGAUGUUAGCUAG